AUGAUAAAGGAUUGGAUUAAUAUCCAUCAUCCUCUUUUUGGAGCGCUCUCUGAGACGCAUAUUCAAGAAAUAAACAAAGGCAGAAUUCUAAAUGCUAUCCCGGUGGGUUGGAGAUUUUUUGGAAAUUUUGAACAUCACCAGUCCGCACGGAUUGUGGUUGUUUGGGACCCUCGGGUAUCGGUUAUUAUCUAUCAAGCUUCAGCUCAAGCUGUUACUUGCGGCAUCUUUAUAGCUUCGGAGAAUGUAAGCUUAACUAUCACUUUUGUUUAUGGGUUUAAUCUCGUGGAGGACAGGCAUGCUUUAUGGGAGGAGCUUGUUUCUUUGAAUGCGACGACCCUUGUCUCUACUCACCCUUGGGCAGUAGUAGGCGAUUUCAAUCAGAUAAUGAGGACCUCUCAACAUUCUGAUCAUUUGAACUUGGAGGUGGAUAUAUCAGGGAUGGAAGACAUGAACUUGGGUAUCCAGGAUGCAGAGCUAUUUGAAGCUCAGGCAAAAGGUUUGAUCUUCUCUUGGUGGAAUAGUCAGGCGGAGAACCCAAUAUCGAAGAAGAUUGAUCAUGCUCUCAUAAAUCAGUCUUGGGCUGAGAUAUUUCCAGAGGCAUAUGCAGAGUUUUUGGAGCCGCAACAGUCUGAUCAUGCUGUAUGUCUAUUUCGGAUUCCCUCUCUUUGCAGACAGAAGAGGAAACCUUUCAAAUUCUUUCACCAUGUGACUGAUCAUCCCGAGUAUCAUGACAUUGUGGAGGAAGCAUGGCAGUAUGAAACCAUUCAGGGAUCAAAUCAGUUUCGCCUAAUGAGAGCUAUGAAACUGUUGAAAAAUGCGCUAAGGAAACUGAAUAAAAGACACUACAGUGGGAUUUCACAGAGGGUUAAAGAGCAAGAUGCAAAAGUGGCAGGGUAUCAGUGGCUACUCCUAAGCAACCCCGAUACAGAGAUAGCAAGGCAAGAGCAUGAAGCCAAAGUUGUUUGGCAAACCCUCAUCACAGCGGAGGAGAAAUUUUAUCGCCAAAAGUCUAGAGUUCGCUGGCUGCAGCUAGUGGGCGAUAUCUUAUCAUCGAAACAAGAGAUCGAGGAUCAUUCUGCGGAUUACUUUCAGCAAGUCAUUGGUUAUACGGACUUGGCAGUCUCUCCUUCUUCAGUCGCUGAAUUGCAGGACUUAUUACCAUUCAGAUGCUCAGCACAACAGAAACUCGAUUUGGUAAAGGAGGUUAGUGCAGAUGAGAUCAAGUCGAUCAUAUUUUCUAUGCCGCUUAGUAAGAGCCCUGGGCCCGAUGGUUACUCGGUUGAGUUCCUCCGAGCUUCUUGGAACACUGUGGGUGAGGAUGUAACCUCGGCUAUUAGAGAAUUUUUCAGAAAUGGGAGGCUUCUAAAAGACCUGAACAACGCAGCUAUUACUUUGAUUCCCAAAAUGUCGGAGGCUUGUCAGCUUAGAGAUUACAGACCUAUAAGCUGCUGUAACCUAAUCUACAAAAUAAUCUCUAAGGUUGAUAUUAGAAAUGCAUUCGACACUUUGGCUUGGGAUUUUGUUAUUAAAGUGUUGGAAGCGCAAGAAUUCCCACCUUUCUUUAUAUCCUGGAUUAAGGAGUGCAUUUCAUCUCCAAGAUACUCCAUCUCCAUCAAUGGAGAGCUGGCCGGAUUCUUUCCGGGAAAAAAGGUAUUAAGGCAAGGAGACUCUCUAUCUCCUUACUUGUUUAUAAUGGUAAUGGAAGUUCUUUCAAGGAUGUUAGAAAAAGCAGUUGUUCAGCACCAGACAAGGCUUCAUCCGCUAUGCUCUACCCCGAGAAUCACACAUCUCUUGUUUGCAGACGAUUUGCUGGUUUUCUCUGAUGGGUCGCGCCAUUCUAUCUCGGGUAUCAAAGACACUAUGGCUAGCUUUAAAGACAUGUGCGGACUGGAUAUGAACAAAGAAAAGUCAUAA